CAAUUUAUCAUGCGAUAGCGAUUUAAAAAWAGGGUGGUAUCGUUUUACUGGCCUAGGAGGAGUCAAGAUAGCUUCAUCGUGUGUCUAUUCCUAUCGAUGUACAACCAUAUCUACAGGCUGGAUGAAUGGGAGUCAUCCCAGUGAAAUAGAGGGAAAUGUUACACGCAAAGUGUGCUAUGGUUGGAAUGACAACUGCUGCGAAUACAGUAAUAUGAUCCAAGUAAGAAACUGUGGCAGUUUUUAUGUUUAUAAACUUGAGAAACCACCUACCAGUUACCAACGUUACUGCACCGACGGAGGAGGAUGCAGCAGCUAUCACCGUUUACAUUACUAUCGUGCUUAUGGUUCUUGGCCAAAUCCAGCCAAACAWUGUGACAGUCAUUUGCCAAAAUAUUGGUAUCGCUUUACAGGCCUAUCAGGGUCAAAGAUGCCCACAACGUGCGUCCCUACUCGUCGAUGUGGUGCUGAUUCCCCGGGGUGGAUGCAUGGAUCCCAUCCAAGCCAAGAGGAAGGAAUUGUCUAUCGGAAGGUCUGUUAUCACUGGAACAAUGAUUGUUGUCGUUAUAGCAACAURAUUCAGGUGCAGAACUGUGGAGAUUACUAUGUUUAUCAUCUCGAUAARCCACCAAGAUGUAACCCUGAUAUGCGCUAUUGUGGGAGCCGAUCAGACUGCCCUAACGGAUGGGAAACAUAUGAAGGAUUCUGCUACAGGCCCAAGUUGACCAGUUUCACAUUUACUGGACGAAACUGGGUUGAUGCUGARGRCUUGUGUCUAUCACUUGGUGGCCAUCUUGCUASCAUCACCACUUCAUCAGAACAAAGUUUCAUCUUCGGCCUAAUAAAACCGUUUUCCUCACAGCGCUUUUGGAUUGGCUUGAACAAUCGUGAAAAUGCAUCUAAUUUUCGCUGGUCUGAUGGAACMUCACCUUCAUAUACACGAUGGAAACCGGGAGAGCCUGGAAGUAGAGCUUUGAGUUGUGUGGCAAUGAACACUAAUGAURGUUUGUGGACCACCAAUGAUUGCAAUAAGGAAUUGAGUUUUCUGUGCAAAGCGAUAUCAGGCUGCUCACACAAUCAAGUCUUGAAUGAAGCUGAUCGUUCARACAUCGUAUCUACAGGCAACGUCCCAAAAUGYGACCAGCCGCCUCAUUUUCAUGCUGGUUGGUACCGUUUUCGAGGACAAGCAGGGACAAGGAUAGCAUCAUCCAGUGUUCCUGAACAGCGAUGUGGCACAUCAUUCCCAGGAUGGAUGAAUGGAUCUCAUCCGAGUCAAUCCCAGGGAAUUAUCACCAGAAACGUCUGUUACCAUCAGAGUAAUAACACAUGCAAGUACAGCAAUAAAAUUCGAGUUAGAAAUUGUGGAAACAGCAAGAGUUAAUGAUCUUGGUCAAUGGCUGCAAGUAGAUUUAGGAAAGAGGACAAAUGUAACUCGUAUUGUCACGCAAGGUAGACCCAAUAAGGACCAGUGGGUAACUAGAUAUAGCCUUCAAUAUAGUUACUAUGGCAGCCAUUAUUACGACUAUGAACAAAGGAAAGUUUUGGCGGGAAACAACGACAGAUCUACUGUGGUUGGCCAGAAUCUCAAUCCAAGUAUUGUUACAAGAUUUAUUAGAGUUCUUCCUAAGGCGUGGUAUGGCCAUAUUUCUAUGCGAAUCGAAUUAUAUGGAUGCUCCGAUGGAGUAGAUGUCGUUCCACUUUGUGCUGUAUGUGAGUCCCUAAUGUCAGCGAUAGGGUCCCAAUUUUCUGCCUCAAGCGUUCUAGAUUCAAACCACAGUGCUGCYAAUGGGAGGUUACACUUUUACCCAGUAACCUCUUACAGAGCAGGUGGUUGGCAGUCAAAAACAAGUGACAGAAGUCCAUGGCUUCAAGUAGCACUGGGGCKGUUCUCYAAAAUCACAAGAGUAGCUACGCAAGGACGAGCAGAUAUGGACCAUUGGGUGAAAAACUACACAUUAGAAUACAGCAUUGAUGGAAAGGUGUUUUUAGCGUACAAGACUGGAAACAACAAAAAUAUAUUUGAUGGAAAUUCUGAUCGAUUUUCUGUUGUAAGCCAUAAACUGGCAGCACCUGUCUACGCUGAAUACAUCCGUUUCCUACCAUUAUUAUGGCACACUAAYGCGUCGAUGAGGGUGGCGGUUUAUGGCUGUCCAUCAGUGAAAUUUCAUUAUGAUCGAGUGUAUGCAAGAGAAGGAAGCAAAACUGCACGAGUUGGAAUACACCGAAUUGGAUCGACAAGUAUUCUGUCUACUGUCAUGCUCUGUGAGACCCAUGAUGACAGUGCAAAGCAUCCCCAUGACUACCACAAGCACGACUUGCCAAUCCACUUGUACUUUCGCCCAGGAGAGACGUCAAAGUACAUCAGUGUACAAAUACAUGAUGACAGAAAUGUUGAAAACGAGAAUAUCCGAUUACACUGUGCCGUGGGUGACAAGCGUGUUGACUUAUUACGAUAUCAGAAUGUGACAAUUGUAAAUGACGAUCUUGAUAUCGGGUGUAAGAAUGUUUCAGUUUAUGAAGGCGAUGGCUAUGCCUCUGUUAUCGUUUAUCGAAGAGGAGCUAUUGAUUUUCUAUCUUCAUCGAUCUGGUGCGAGACACAGGACGGCUCCGCAAAGCAUCCCAAAGACUAUAAUCACGUUUUCGCAAAUGUAGUAUUUGCUAUUGGCGAAGAAUCUAGUAACUUCACCGUAAACAUUCAAGACAACAAAGCAAUUGAACAAGAUAAAACAAUCCACGUGAACUGCUCAACAAGGGACCAAAGGACUGACUUGUCUUCGUGUACUAAUGUGUUAAUAAACAUCAAAGACGAUGACUAUUGCGUCUUCUUCUGUUCAUCCUACAAGACACACGUGUACGAAAACGCAAGUUUUUACAACGUCAAGCUCUGCCGUGCAGGUUUCCUUGCCGCCAACCUAUAA